AUGUCUACAAAUAUCCAAGUCGAUGAGCGUAACGGCGCCGACGAGCAGAAGUUAAACAGAGCCGAUGAGGUCGAAGAUUUAAUCGACGCAGUAAAAUCUCUUCUCGUACCAUUUAUCAGGGAUGCAGACAAAGCCGCUCCAAGUCGAGCUAGCGGCUUUAUAGCUGCAGAUGUUCAAGGGACACCGGGUAAAAAUGUCCUAGUUGAUUCGCAUAAACCAGAGGAGUUGGUAAAGAAAUUACGCAUAUCAAUUCCAGAGGAAGGAGUAGGGAAAGAAGGUCUACUAGAUAUCAUCCAAACUAUCCUACGAUACAGCGUAAAUACGUGGGAUCAGGGAUUUAUGGACAAGCUAUACUCAAGCAUCAAUCCAGUUGGCGUGGCAUCAGAGCUCGUCCUUACAGUACUAAACACCAAUGUGCAUGUCUGGAAAACCUCUCCAGCACUGACGAUCAUCGAAAAGACAGCCGCACGUAAACUAGCAAAUCUAUUUGGGUUUACUGGCCCCGGAGCAGGUGGCGUUACUUGUCAAGGAGGCAGUGCUUCAAACCUGACUUCCCUUGUCAUCGCCCGAAACGCCUUGUUCCCCGAUGUGAAGACCUCCGGUAACCAAGGCCGCCAAUUCGCACUCUUCACCAGUGAACACGGACAUUACUCGGUUGAGAAGGCAGCUGUCACAUGCGGUCUCGGUUCUAACAGCGUCAUCACGGUUUCAGUCGACUCAGCCGGUCAGAUAAUCCCAUCGGCGCUUCGUACAGCUAUCCUUCGUGCUAAGGACGAGGGCAAGACGCCCCUAUAUGUCAACGCAACUGCCGGAACAACUGUAUGGGGAUCAUAUGAUCCAUUCGCCGAGAUAGCGCCCAUUUGCAAGGAAUUUGGCAUCUGGCUACACAUCGAUGCCUCGUGGGGCGGACCAGCAAUCUUCUCGGCAAAGCAGAGACAUAAGCUAGCCGGGUCACAGCAUGCCAAUUCCGUGACCAUUAACCCGCACAAGAUGCUCAAUGUGCCCAUACCCUGCUCUUUUCUGCUCACUAACGAUGUCACGGUCUUCCAGCGCGCUAACACUCUGCGUGCGGGAUACCUAUUUCAUGAUGCAGGCGCCGAAGACGAAAUAUGGGAUCUAGCAGAUCUGACGCUCCAAUGUGGCCGUCGUGGCGACGCGUUGAAUUUGGCACUCUCGUGGAUCUACUAUGGUGAUAAGGGGUUCGAGAAGCGUAUUGACCACGCGUUCAACACCGCAGCGUACCUUGCAACGCUCAUACAAGAUUCAGGCGACUUUUACCUCCUAUCCAGCAACCCACCACCAUGUCUACAGGUGUGUUUCUACUAUGCUCCGGGCGGUGCGUUACCCGACGACCAAGAGGAGACCACGCGGCGAACCAGCGAGAUGGUCGCGAAGCUUGUGCCGAGGGGCUUCAUGGUAGACUACGCACCUGGCCCAAAGGGUAGCCUCUUCCGCGUGGUAGUGAACACUCAGACCCUGAGGAGUACUGUGGAGGGACUUGUGAAAGCAUUACGAGAGGUAGGGAAGGAGGUCGUUCCAUCUUGA